GACCCCAUUGUACUUUCGGAGAGACACGGGCCAUGAAUUCCCCUGUUCCCACCACGAGAGUUCCCCAAAUUAGCACAGCGAGACCGAACUGAACGAAAGCCAAGACAGAGUCACUGUCUUCUUCUUCUUCUUUCUUUGUAUGCCGGAAGAUUCUGCAGAGCGGUCGAUUUUCUUGAUUACUCGGGGGGGUCAAGAAACCGCAAGAAUUCCGGCCGGCUUUCACGUGUGGGCGCGUGCGUGCUGAUCCAUGCCCUGCAAAGACAAAAACGGUGCGGUCAGGACCCAUAUCCUCCCAAUUUAUAUAUUGUUCUCUGAGUAAAUUAGUUUGAUCGGUGUUCUUAUACUUUAGUGCAACGUUUUUGUUCUGUUCUCUGGUUUUCGCGCAGAGUCAGUUUGUUCGUAUGUGCGAAGCUGUUUGGUAAUUGGAGUUGGCUCAUUAUCCGAAGGCAAAAUUUGAUAAAUUUAAGGUGGGCACCGAGUGACUAGUUCAGUGGAUCUUGGCGCAUCAGCCAUUCAGCUUUCUUGGGUGGUUAUCUUCAGUAGGGCUUUGUGAAGGCAGAUUCAAGAAGGGCCAAAGGAUUGCAAUUCUCACUCGGCCUUUUUCCCCUCAUGUUUGCCAUUUUUUGUUUUUCAGAUUGGGAAUCUAAGAAUUAGAACCCUCAUGCGACUUCUGUAGCUUUUUAUCUCUUCCUUUACCAUUGCUUGAUGGGUUUAGUACGAAAAAGACGGGUUUUCUAGAUGAUAAUGAGAUUCACUCUGUCGACUUUGACAUCGAAUCCUGGGUCCGAUGGAGCCAGUUGGUGAUAAAGGGUUUCUCAUUGGUUCUUGAUUCUAGCUUUUCAUUUUGGCAUCUGAUGGAAUUUUCUCUUUUUCUGUGUACUCUUUCCGGAACAUGUGGUUUGAGGAUAUGUCGGCGGGGUUUAGUGUGGUGGUUUUUGUAGUAUCUUGAAUAAAUCGAUUGCAAGUGUAGAAGGAAGAUAGUGUGAGGAACUGGGGGAGUUGGAAAUGUCGUCCAAAUCGACGAACAAGACGGACUGCUCACCAAGCAGCUCGGCUCGAUCGAGGCACGGGGCGCGUGUCGUUGCCCAGACACCCAUUGACGCGAAGCUUCAUAUCGACUUUGAAGAAUCCGAACAGUUGUUUGAUUACUCUACUUCAGUCGACUUCAACAUCUCGAGCUCCACUGGCAAUGUCCCCUCAUUGACCAUCUCGGCGUAUCUUCAGAAAAUGCAGAGGGGGCAGCUGAUCCAACCCUUUGGUUGCAUGGUCGCUGUCGAUGAACAGAAUUUCACCGUUCUCGCCUACAGUGAAAAUGCCCCAGAAAUGUUGGACUUGGCCCCACAUGCAGUUCCUAACAUUGAGCAGCAAGAAGCCCUUACGUUCGGCUUGGAUGUCCGAACUCUAUUUCGGUCCUCGGGUGCGGCUGCCUUGCAGAAAGCCGCAAAUUUUGGGGAAGUUAAUCUUCUCAAUCCCAUAUUAGUACACUGCAGAACUUCGGGCAAGCCCUUUUAUGCAAUUCUUCACAGAAUUGAUGUGGGCUUAGUCAUAGAUUUGGAGCCAGUGAAUCCAGCUGAUGUUCCUGUGACGGCUGCGGGAGCCUUAAAGUCUUAUAAGCUCGCGGCAAAGGCCAUCUCUAGAUUGCAAUCUUUGCCGAGCUGUAGUAUAUCUUUGUUAUGUGACGUACUCGUUAAGGAAGUCAGCGAACUGACUGGUUAUGAUCGUGUCAUGGUGUAUAAAUUUCAUGAGGAUGAGCAUGGGGAAGUUAUUGCUGAGUGCUGUCGGCCUGAUCUAGAACCUUACCUGGGGUUGCAUUAUCCAGCUACUGAUAUUCCACAGGCAUCAAGGUUCCUCUUCAUGAAGAAUAAGGUCAGGAUGAUAUGUGACUGUUCGGCUUCACCAGUUAAAGUAAACCAAGACAAGCGAUUGGCCCAGCCACUAAGUCUUUGCGGUUCCACUUUGAGAUCUCCUCACGGGUGUCAUGCUCAGUACAUGGCAAACAUGGGUUCAAUUGCUUCUCUUGUUAUGUCUGUUACCAUUAAUGAGGAUGAUGAAGACACGGAAAGCAACCAACAGAAAGGAAGAAAAUUAUGGGGUUUAGUAGUUUGCCACCACACAAUUCCCAGGUUUGUUCCAUUUCCUUUGAGGUAUGCUUGUGAAUUCUUGAUUCAAGUUUUCGGUGUACAAAUAAACAAGGAAGUUGAGUUGGCAGCUCAGUCGAGGGAGAAGCACAUCUUGAGAACGCAGACUGUUCUCUGUGACAUGCUCCUUAGAGAUGCUCCUCUAGGUAUUGUCACUCAAUCACCAAAUGUUAUGGAUCUCGUGAAGUGUGAUGGGGCUGCUCUCUACUACCAGCAGAAGUUUUGGCUGCUCGGGGUCUGUCCUACAGAGGCACAGAUUAAAGAAUUAGCGGAUUGGCUUCUUGAGUAUCAUAGUGGGAGUACUGGCUUAAGUACCGAUAGCCUUAUGGAAGCUGGUUAUCCUGGAGCUUCGGUCCUCGGUGAUACAAUUUGUGGGAUGGCAGCCAUUAAGAUUACUUCAAAGGACUUCCUUUUUUGGUUCCGCUCCCACACUGCAAAAGAGAUCAAAUGGGGUGGCGCGAAACAUGAUCCUGGUGACAGAGAUGAUGGUAGACGUAUGCACCCCAGGUCGUCAUUCAGUGCAUUUUUGGAGGUUGUUAAGCACAGGAGUGUACUGUGGAAGGAUGUCGAAAUGGAUGCUAUCCAUUCCUUGCAGCUGAUAUUGAGGGAAUCUUUGCACGAUGAUUUGAUUCAAGAUUCCAAGGUUCUUGUAAAUGUUCCUUCACCUGAGAACCGGGCUGUCAUUGAUGAUAGGAUACAAAAGAUGGACGAAUUGCGUUUUGUCACAAAUGAGAUGGUACGCCUCAUUGAGACUGCUGCUGUCCCUAUCCUGGCUGUUGAUGCAUCUGGUAAUAUCAAUGGGUGGAACGACAAGGUCGCUGAAAUCACAGGUUUUUCGGUUCAGCAUGCAAUAAACAUGCCUAUAGUUGAUCUAGUUGCAGAUGACUCGGUAGAUAGAGUGCGGAAGAUGCUCUCGUUGGCCUUGCAAGGUGUUGAAGAGCAGAAUGUCGAAAUCAAGCUAAAAAAGAAUGGCAUUCAAGAUGACAAAAGUCCUCUGGUAUUGGUAGUUAAUGCAUGCUGUAGCCGUGAUGCAAAGGAAAACGUGGUGGGAAUAUGCUUCGUUGGACAGGACAUUACUGGACAAAAGAUGAUUGUGGACAAAUAUACCCGUAUCCAAGGUGAUUAUGUUGGAAUUGUGCGGAAUCCAUCUGCACUUAUUCCUCCAAUUUUUUUGACCGAUGAGUAUGGACGGUGCUUGGAAUGGAACGAUGCAAUGCAAAAACUCUCCGGUUUAAACAGGGAAGAAGUUGUUGACAGAAUGCUACUUGGCGAGGUUUUCACGGUUAACAACUUUGGUUGCCGUCUAAAAGAUCAUGACACUUUAACCAAACUGAGGAUCUUGUUGAAUGGUGUAAUUGCAGGACAGGAUGGGGAUAAACUUCUGUUUGGGUUCUUUGAUCAGCAUGGUAGGUAUAUUGAGGCACUAAUUUCUGCAAACAAAAGAACAGACACCGAGGGAAAGAUCACUGGGGUAUUGUGCUUUCUUCAUGUCACCAGUCCAGAGCUUCAGUAUGCCAUGCAGGUUCAGAUGAUGUCAGAGCAAGCUGCCGCUAAUAGCCUUAAGAAAUUGGCUUAUAUCCGCCAAGAGAUUAGAAAACCUCUCAAUGGGAUAAUAUGCGUGCAAAAUCUGAUGGGGGCCUCUGAUUUAAGCAAUGAGCAGAGUGAACUUUUGAAGACGAGUACUUUGUGUCGGGAGCAGCUAGAGAAGAUUGUUAAUGACACUGACAUUCAAAGCAUAGAAGACUGUUAUGGGGAACUGAACAUGGGCGAGUUCAACCUUGAGCAAACGCUACGAGUUGUCAUAAAUCAAGCAAUGAUACUGAGCCAAGAACGUGCGGUACAGGUCGUUCUUGAUUUGCCUGUUGAAGUGUCGACCGUGCAUUUAUAUGGUGAUAAGUUGAGAUUGCAGCAAGUUCUUUCCAAUUUUCUGACAAAUGUGAUCCUUUUCACCCCCAACAAUGAAGCAUCAUCUGUGAUCCUGAGGGCAAUUCCAAGAAUGGAGCAGAUAGGGAAGAAGAUGCACAUAGUCCACCUCGAAUUUCGGAUUACACAUCCAGCACCUGGAAUUCCAGAGAAAUUGAUUAACGAGAUGUUUCACCACAGCCAAGGUGUGUCGAGGGAAGGCCUUGGACUGUACAUCAGCCAGAAGCUCGUAAAGAUAAUGAACGGAAGUGCUCAAUAUCUUAGGGAGGCAGAGAGGUCGUCCUUCAUUAUUCUGGUGGAAUUUCCGCUUGUUGAUCACUCCAGUUGAUGAAGUUUCUUUCAAAAGGCUUUUUAAGCAGACAAGUUCCUGUAGCCGCUCGCUGCCCCAAGAGGGGUCCAUUCUCACGUCUGUUGAGUGCUUUUCUUGGUGCAUGUGCAUGCGGAAUUUCGAGUGACGAGUUGCAACAAUAAACAUGGUUCUCAAUUUGUAAAGCAGAGUCAAUUUUCAGAAUCAGAAGUGGGGAUGAAUAUUUGUAUGGGUGGCUCUUUUCCACCAAGUCAACACUGGAAAAGUUUCUAGUGACUUGGGAAUCCCACCAAGCCGUCUGUGGAUUGUCAUUUCGCCAUGCUGUGUUUUCUCAGUGAAAAUUCGAGUGUCUCGAACUGAAUUGGGUUCAAUUAGCAGAUGGUGCAGAGCUGGUCAUGUGGCGUGAUAGCCUCAAGAAAAUUCGAUGGAGCUGAUUUUUUCUUCGCUGAAAUUCGAGGCCUGAUAACCAGUUCAGUCUGGGGGGAAAAGGGAAUAGAGGUAAGCGAGCCAAGCUUCUUUGUAUAUAUUGCUGAGGAAUGAAAAAGCAAAAAAUGAUUGCUGGCUGUAUCCCUCUUGGUUGAAAUAACAAGCCUCUUCGAAGGCGAGCUUUUUCGCAA